AUGGCUUGGGCUCUGAAAUUACCUCUGGCCGAUGAGGUGAUUGAGUCUGGUCUGGUCCAGGACUUUGAUGCCAGUCUGUCAGGGAUCGGGCAAGAGCUUGGAGCUGGUGCUUACAGCAUGAGUGAUGUGCUGGCUCUCCCCAUCUUCAAGCAGGAGGAGUCUAACUUACCGCCAGAAAGCGAUAAUAAGAUCCUUCCUUUCCAGUAUGUACUGUGUGCUGCCACUUCUCCUGCUGUCAAACUACACGACGAGACCCUCACCUACCUCAAUCAAGGACAGUCUUAUGAAAUUCGAAUGCUGGACAAUCGGAAAAUGGGAGAGCUUCCUGAGAUCAAUGGGAAAAUGGUGAAGAGCAUCAUCCGCGUUGUGUUUCAUGACCGCCGCCUUCAGUACACUGAACACCAGCAGCUGGAGGGCUGGCGCUGGAACAGGCCUGGAGACAGAAUCCUUGAUUUAGAUAUUCCGAUGUCGGUAGGGGUGGUCGAUCCCAGGGCAAACCCUACACAACUCAACACUGUGGAGUUCCUCUGGGACCCAAAAAGGACCUCUGUGUUUAUUCAGGUACAUUGUAUAAGCACAGAGUUCACCAUGCGUAAACAUGGAGGAGAGAAGGGAGUGCCGUUCCGUAUUCAAAUCGACACUUUCAAGGAGAACGAGGCCGGGGAGUACACCGAACAUCUGCACUCCGCCAGCUGCCAAAUCAAAGUUUUUAAGCCUAAAGGUGCAGACAGAAAGCAGAAAACAGACCGUGAAAAAAUGGAGAAACGAGCACCGCAGGAAAAGGAGAAAUACCAGCCUUCAUACGAAACCACCAUUCUCACUGAGUGCUCUCCAUGGCCCGAGGCUACAUAUGUAAACAACUCUCCAUCUCCUGGAUUUAACAGUACCCACAACAGCUUUCCUGUAACCGAAGGAAAUGGUUCACCCAAUCACCAGCCGGAGCCUGUCGCACAGCUAGCAGACGUGAGUUUGUCGUGCCAUCUACUUAGAAGAGAAAGUGAAACCAAUCAGAAUCUGUUGCCCACGGCAACGCCACAAGAAGCACAGCAGUGGCUCCAUAGAAACCGUUUUUCACCAUUCUGCCGUCUCUUCACAAACUUCUCGGGGGCUGAUCUGCUAAAACUGACCCGAGAGGACGUCAUCCAGAUCUGUGGACCUGAUGGCAUUCGGCUAUUUAAUGCACUUAAAGGACGGGUUGUCCGUCCAAGGCUCACAAUCUAUGUUUGCCAGGAAUCCCAACAGGCUCGUGAACAGCACCAGAAACAUGAGAAUGGAGACGGGACUAGCACACUUUUUUUGGUGUAUCAUGCCAUCUAUCUGGAGGAUUUAACUGCUGUGGAACUGACGGAAAAGUUGGCUCAGCUCUUCAGCAUCUCUCCACGCCAGAUCAGUCAGAUCUUCAAGCAGGGACCCACUGGUAUCCAUGUGUUAGUCAGUGAUGAGAUGAUUCAGAACUUUCAAGAUGAGGUGUGUUUUGUCCUGGACACAAUGAAAGCUGAAACAAACGAUGGCUAUCACAUCAUUUUGAAGUGAAUGCAUUGGAUGCAGGGGAGUGAACAGCCCCUAAUGUUUUUCUUAAGAUUCAACCCACAGCCCCCUUCCUUGCGCACUUCCUGGACCUUAACCGAAGAUCGCUUUGCUCGGAAUAGUAAUGGAGACGAUCAUGGGAAAGGAAAAGACCCAUUUUUAAAUCGUUACCUGUCCUGUUGUUCAUGGAGUGUGUGCUGCCUUUCCUUCAUCCCCUUCUCAUUUACACUUGCAAACAAAAUCAAAGAAUUUAUUUUUUACUAACUGUCAUUGCAUCAGUUUGCAUUGUUGCUUUUUUUUAAGGCAAAGUAAUUAGAUUUUGUCUCAUAUUUGAUGUACAAACACCUCAUCGGCUCAAAUACUGAGAAUUGGCUGGCAGUAUUAUUUGGUGUUGUCUGCCUGGAUGUCAUCCCAUGAGUAUUUUAGCCCCAUGUGAAGUGCAGUCCACAUGCCUCAAUGAAUACACUCAUUAUAAACAACACUUUAAAAGGUGCGAGGUUAUAAUGUCAGAGACUGGGAUCCAUUGUAGGCACAAGAGAUUUCCAGGAUGCUGAACAUUGUUGUCAGUUCUCUUACCUGUGGAAAUAUAUAUCCAAGCCCAUUCUUACAUCGUCAUCCUUAUUGCAAAUAUACUGUUUAGCAAAUGAUCUUAAUGUGAUCGCAGUUGAUAGAGUGAAUGAAUUUUGCGUCAAGUUGAGGUUUUUGUUUCAUGGCAUCGCUAAUGUUUCUCGUGUUUAUUUCCUAAGUCUUGUGCGGGCGACUGAUGACAUGAUGUUAGGUUUUGUAGCUUUGGUCCUGAUUAUUCUUCAUUUGUUGCCGCAAAUGCACGUUAUUUUUUUAGACAGGAGAUGAACGGCAGCAGUGGGCAUUAUAUAUGUGCAUCUUUUUUUGAUGUUAUUUUUUUACAUUGUGCUUAACACACCUUUCUUUUUUUCAAAAUUGUUGCAUAUACUAGAGUUAGUUUUUACAGCAGUCAGAAUCGCCAGAGCGUUAUUUUACGGUAUAAAAGAGAGAUCAUGUUUUACUUUUUGUUUCGUUUUUGGAUAUGACCACUGAUGUACUAAUCUUUCAGGUGGGAUAAAGGGGAGAAACGUUGCACUGCAUGAGAAAAGGUAGCCGUGGUUAGUGCUAGACGCAAACCAGACCAAGAUGGUAAAGACGUGAGGUAUUGUCUGUUGUGACCCUUUACUGUGUCAUUUCAAUGAUUAAAAUGACUUACCUUGAAACA